AUGUUGGCCUUGGGUCGCGUUCGGCCGUAUGCGCUGGUUCAGGUGAGCCAGUACAGCACCAACAAACCGGCCAAUGUUCCUGACCCCAUCCCAAGUUCUGUGAACGUCGCGCAAUUCAAGAAGGGACCCGGUGGUCGAGCCAGCUUUUCUGGAAACGUGGUCACUGUCUUUGGUUCGACAGGAUUUCUCGGCACAUCUGUGGUGAACAGGCUGGCCAAGCAUGGAAAUCAACUGAUUCUUCCUUAUCGAUGUGAUCCUUACUUCAUCCGCGAACAAAAGGUUGUGGGCGAAUUGGGACAGAUCUUGUUCUACCCUUUCGAUUUGAUGGACGAGGAGAGCAUUCGGCGAGCUGUGAAGUAUAGUAACGUUGUCGUCAACCUAGUCGGAGCAAAACUGCAGACCAAGUAAGUCUAUAUUUUUGUUUGUUUUUGAUAUUUAGGAGAAGAAAGAAAGGGAUAAGACUUAGGUCUACCUAUCCUGGAAUGAACAUUGUGUUCGCUAUUCAGUCCAGGGCUGGUUCAAAAUUAUGCAUUUCAGCCGCUUCAACCUGUACGAUGUCAAUGAGAAGGGAGCUCGGCGAAUUGCCCGCAUUUCUCGCGAGAUGGGUGUGGAGAAGCUCGUACAUAUUUCGGCCCUAAAUGCAACCGACAAUCCAGUGCCAGCCUUGAUCAAAGGAGGUUCCAACUUCCUGAAGUCCAAGUUCCGCGGAGAAGUUGCCGUCCGCGAGGAGUUCCCCGAUGCCACUAUCAUUCGACCAUCCGUUUUGUUUGGCGAGAGAGAUUCCUUUAUCUCUUACUACGUCAGCCGUUACAGGAAGACGUUCUUGGACAAUGUUUAUCUCUACAAAGCUGGUGAACACACCUACAAGAUGCCUGUGUUUGUAAGUUUUUAUCAAUAAGGUGCUAUUACUAUGAUUUAAGAUAAAAUGGGAGAACAACUUGUAAUUUAAAUUGUUUUAGGUUAACGACGUGGCUUUGGGAAUCUCCAAGGUCGUGAACGAUCCAACAACAGCCGGGAAAACCUACGAAUUUGUUGGCCCACAUUGUUAUAAGCUGGCGGAAUUAAUGGACUUCAUGUAUAGAAAAGCUCAUUGUUUGAAAAAGUUUGGGUUCUUCUACAGACGGCAUGGAUUUCCAGAUCCCCUGUUCGUCGGCUAUCAAAUUGGGGCUAAUCUUUUCUCCAAGGUCUUCAAAAAUCAGCAUCCUUUGAUCAAAGAAUGGAUGGAAUACGUUGUGAGUUUCAUGUUAUUUAUGUUUUCUUUGUUUCAGGAGACCUUCCUCUUAGAAUUUGAAAAAAGUUUAAAAGAAAAGAUCGAUUUUAUUUUAGGAAGGGACCAAUGAUAUCCUCACCGGCGCUCCAACGCUGGUCGAUGUCGGAGUAACCCGGCUCACCGAGUUCGAAUACAUGGGAGCCAGACUGUCGAAGAACCAGUCGUUCAUGAAGUUCUUCGAAGAAAUGUAUGGCGAUCUGGAGCCCCCACCACUUCCUCUUCGAUCCCCUCCAUUAAUUAAGGGCCAAUUCAAUGAGAAGGAGCUGUAUGACAACCGCACCCCGCUCAAGUUCUAUACAUUUGCCCACUCGUACUAG